GUGACGUUGGCGGAACACCACCAGAAGCCUCAGUUGCGUCCUCGUGGGGGGUUCGCGCGCCUCUGCUAUCAUCGCUAGUGGUUGACUUUUUUCCCGCACUCAGGGCUGCAUUAAUGCCUGCGGAAACAACACGUAGUGCCAACAAGCAGGCCGAUUCAGCCCGUUUUACUGGUGAAGUUUUUUCUCAAGUUGGCCAGUCACCGGGUUUGCGGUGCAGCCAGGGCUCUUUUUCAUCAGGUGAUGACACUUGCAGAGGCAAAUUUUCCGCGCACGAGGCGUUGCUGCAGGCGACGGUAGGCAUGAGCAACUAUGCAAUGCGCCAGCUUGGGCCACAGGGCGACGCUUCAUAUUUCAUCGAGAUGGUCUUAGGCCUGAAUCCGAAGGACGCGGAGGCUGCAACGUACGAAAAUAUGAUCCGCAAUCUCGUCAAGUUGGGUCUGGAGAGUCCAGGCGGCACAGGGGGCACUCGCAUGCCGUUGCCGAGACCCUCAAUGUGCCCCCAGUCGAUGCACCCAGGGGUGGCAGAGGCCUGGUCGCAGAGACUGCAGCCAGAGGUCGACAGCCUCUUCUCGAAGGUAGGAGGAGACGUCGCGGAUUCCUCGGAGCUGGUUCUCAGUUUUCUUUCCAGAAAGCAGGAGUCGCCUUGUCGUGAAUCGGAGUCAGGAGAAGCGUAC